CGCGAUUUACGAUCAUACCUCCUGCUGACUGCAGUAGAGCCCAAUUACCUCAGUGGAUCUUCUUGCAGCGGCCUAUCCUGCCUUGCGCACCGUGUUUGAUAUUCAUCCCAUUGGACAUUUAUUUGUCCACCGAUUCCGACUGUCCGGUUCAAGAUGUCGCUCGCCAACCUUUGCCACGUUAUCUCUCACCUGAACAAUGUCACCAAGGCCCGCCUCUCACUCGCCUCGAUCCCCAACACCAAGCUACACCUGAAGCUAUGCCUGGCUCUGCAAAAUGACGGAUUCCUCUCCACGGUCGUUCGUGGAGGCCCGACUCCUCCUGAACCGCACCAUCUCCUUGGCCACCCCAGCUCGCAGGACAUCGAACCAGUGACCCAAAGCAACGUCGCCUCCAGACGACUCUGGCUCGGAAUGAAGUACUGGCGCAGCGAGCCCGUUCUGGGCAAGAUGACCAUGGUCAGCACGCCUAAGCGGAGAGUUUACGUGGACCUUCCUACUCUCCGGCAAGUGGUUCGGGGUAAUAACACCCCCUAUCUCGAGGGGCUACGGUCGCCCGGUGAGAGCUUGUACCUUUCGACGGACAAGGGUAUCAUGGAGGCGAGAGAGUGUGUGGAGAAAAAGUGCGGCGGUCUGGUCUUGUGCCGAGUCCGAUAAGCUUACGGAAGAAGAGCGGACUUCAUGUCUGAGAAUUGCUUGGGCUUUGCAUUUAAACCGGAGUUUGGCCAGUCGCAGUGUCUCCUCGCAUACUGUGUAUGUUCUUGUUUUUAUAUUUGCGACUGUUGGUUGGAUACCUUGUAUAGUAACAUAGCUCAUUUCCUUUAUGCACCAUUCAUAUUGCUGCUUCGU